AUGGUGAAUCUGCUUUCCAUUGCUGAUAUCAAGCCAAAAAUGAGGGGUUGGUCAGCGCAUAUUAUUGUUCAGGAAAAAAUGCAUAUCGCUUCUUCACAGAAAUCCCCUACAAGAUACCAAAAAUUUGUUUUCUCUGAUGACCAGGGAUCAAGAGUUGAGGGAAUUAUGUUUAAUGCUGCUAUUGAAAAGAUGGGAUCAAAGCUUCAUACUUUUAAGAAGUAUCUGAUAUCAAAUGCCGAUGUUAGAGAAAUUGAGGAACAAUAUCAGACUAAUGGCCUUACUAUUCAAUGGGUAAUAAGUGCAAAAACUGUGGUUGAGGAGCUCAGUGAACAGGGAAGCUGUGUUUUGACUAACGAGUUUACUCCUAUAAGCUUUAAAGACUUGGCCAGUUACGCUGAUUCAAAGUCACAAACUGUUGAUAUUAUGGCUGUGGUUGUUGACUCAAUGCCUGUGAUUCCAAUCAAAAGGGAUUCACAGGAAUCCUUUGUCCAGAGAUUUCUCAUUGUGAAUGAAGAGAUGGUCCCUACUGUUCUAUCUCUAUGGAAUAUAUUUGUUGAAAAUGAAGGAAAGCUGCUUACAGAUCACCACAGCAAGCAUCCAGUUCUUAUAUGCCGCAGGCUUAAAGUUGUCACAUACAAUGGAAUAGCACUCUCAACAAGAAAUGACUCAGUCAUUGUUGUUGAUCCUCCUGUUAGAGAUGCUAGAACUCUAAAAAAUUGGGCAUCAAGGAAUGAAAAGGAACUACUUGCCCUCCACCGUGAUAAGCCGUACAAUAACCAGUCUCCUAAAAUGUUUUACGGCCCCCGGCAAAAACUAACUGAAAUAAGAGAUGUUUUGCCAACUGAAAAGAUGUUCAUUCUCUCCCUCCCGCAUAUUUAUUGCAGAUGUCGUUUUGAUAUUGACCUGACCGAUCAUUCUGACACUAUUACGGCUUCAAUUUUUGGUGAACAAGCCGAGACAUUGCUAGGAUUUACUGCUUCACAAGCAAUGCAUUACUUCAACAGGAAUGAAGACCUACCUUUAGCCAAGCUCUAUGAAGAGUUGAAGAAUAAGAUGUUCAUUGUACAGCUUAAACCAGGAAGCACCAAGAAUGAUGGAUCGUAUCAGCGUUACACUAUUGUGUAUUAUUUUGAGGAAAAUGCUGAGACUACCUCUGCUGAAAAUCAGUUGCAUCGUGAUUCAAAUGCUAGCACUGCCAAUGAAAGCUAUCUUCAAAUCAGUACUGAUCAGGCUCCUUCUUGUGUUGCUUCAACUCCAGGCAAAGAAGAAUUGCCAUCUAAAACAUGCCGUUCUCUUCUAAGCAGUCUUGAUGAAUCUGAGGAAGCUACUCCAAAGAGGCAGCGCAAGAAAUGA